AAUGAAAAUAUGAACAAAAAAGGUCAGCGUUUACCAAAGAAGGGUGAAGUCGAGAUGCUUUGUGGUGGUCCUCCAUGCCAAGGAUUUUCUGGAAUGAACAGGUUCAGUACCAGACAAUAUUCUCAGUUCAAGAACUCCCUUGUAGCAUCGUAUCUCUCCUACUGUGAUUACUACCGUCCAAGAUUUUUCCUGCUUGAGAAUGUGAGGAACUUCGUGUCAUAUAAGUGUAACAUGGUCCUCAAACUAACUAUGCGAGUUUUAGUGAAGAUGGGUUACCAGUGUACAUUUGGAAUCCUUCAAGCAGGAAACUAUGGAGUGGCACAGACCCGUAGAAGAGCCAUCAUUUUAGCAGCUGCCCCGGGGGAGAAGCUGCCUAUGUAUCCUGAGCCCACUCAUACAUUUUCCCCAAGAGCAUGCCAAUUAUCUGUUGUUGUUGAUAAUAAAAAGUAUGUCAGUAAUUGUCAGUGGGUGGUGUCUGCUCCUCUCCGUACUAUAACGGUGAGAGACACCAUGUCAGACCUCCCAGAAAUACGUAAUGGACACAGGAAAGAAGAAAUGAACUAUGGCACAGAACCUGAAUCACAUUUUCAACGACUGAUCCGAGGUAAACAGUAUCAGCCAUUAUUGAGGGACCACAUAUGUAAAGAAAUGGCUCCAUUGAUUGAGGCACGUAUACGACACAUCCCUACUGCUCCUGGAUCAGACUGGCGUGACCUACCUAAUAUUGUUAUUCGUUUCCCAGAUGGCAAAGAAUCCAAGAAACUGGAGUACACUCAUCCAGACAAGAAACAAGGUAGAUCUUCAACUGGAGCACUUCGUGGUGUUUGCUCUUGUGCUGCUGGUAAUGCAUGUGAUCCUAUGGAUAAGCAGUUCAACACACUCAUUCCCUGGUGCCUACCUCACACUGGCAAUCGUCACAAUCAUUGGGCUGGCCUCUAUGGCAGACUUGAAUGGGAUGGAUUUUUCUCCACUACAGUCACAAACCCUGAGCCUAUGGGAAAACAGGGACGUGUCUUACAUCCAGAACAAACGAGGGUAGUAAGUGUACGGGAAUGUGCAAGAUCUCAAGGCUUCCCAGAUACAUAUCGUUUCUAUGGAUCAAUUUUGGAUAAAUAUAGGCAGAUUGGAAAUGCAGUGCCCCCACCUAUGGCACGUGCAAUAGGACUGGAGAUUCUAAAAUGCUUGCAAAUAAAGGAAAAGAAUGAAGUUGCUAGGUUUGAAGUGCAAAAGUAGAUGUAGGCUAACACUGUAAAGUCAGUGGAAAAUUUUAAUGUACAGUUUGGUACUGUAUUCAUAAAUCGUAUAAAUUUUUUAGCAGAAUUAUAUCAAAUUUUAAUUUUUAUGUAGAAACAAGUUUAUGAAAGUGUGUUUAUAUAUUUUAACUUUUGAUACCUUUUUAAAUUACAAUUUUAAUAAAGCAUAUCAAGAGUGUAAUAAAAUGUAACUAAAG